AAAUAAUAAAGAUAAAAAAAAAAAAAAAAAAGAGAAUGCAGUUCAAGGAAUUCGAUGCGUUCCCAAAGGUCGAAUCUGGUUUCGUAAAGCGGACAGGAUCAGGAGGCAUUCUCACCCUUAUCAUUUCAGCUGUUCUAUGUAUCCUCGUUUUUGGUGAGAUCGCGGACUAUAUGAAGCUCCGCAACGAAUAUAAUUUUAUAGUCGACCCGCUUAUCAACCACGAACUCCAGAUUAACGUCGAUAUCACCGUUGCAAUGCCAUGCGAUGCUCUGACAGUCGAUCUUCGAGAUAUUGCGAACGUUCAGCUCAGUCUUUCUGAUAAGCUCCAUAAAAUCCCAACGCACUUCACAUUGAGCUCCGGGGUGAGCCGUACAGACAAGAUGCGUGACCAGCCAUUGAACGUCAAACAACUAGUUAGGGCUGCUAGCAGGAAUGCGGCUUUGGCGCAGGCGUCCAAGCAAAAGGGCAACGAGGACUUUAAGGCUUGUAGGAUCUUCGGAAGCUUUGAAUCCAACAAACUGAGCAGUAACCUGCACAUUAUGGCUGCUGGACAUGGAUACUUUGGCACUCCCCAUACUGAUCAUAAUGUGAUGAAUAUGACGCACAAGAUCGAUGAAUUUUCGUUUGGAGAGUUGUAUCCAACAAUCGUCAAUCCAUUGGAUGAUAGUUUUGAGAUUUCAGAAACGGCAUUUGAGGCAUUUCAGUACUUCAUAGUUGUUGUUCCAACGAUUUACGUCGAUCGUUAUAAAAAUCGUCUCAUGACAAAUCAAUACUCUGUCAGCGAAUAUCGUCGUGCCUAUGAUGAGCAUCAAGGGUUCCCUGGUCUGUUCUUCAAGUAUGACUUUGAGCCACUGACUGUCAUGAUCACAGAAGAAUCAUCCAUGUCUUUUGGACAUUUGCUCGUUCGACUGGCAGGAUUGGUUGGGGGCUAUUAUGUCACUGCGGGUAUGGCCCAUAAGGUCCUAAGUGCUAUUUAUUACUGGUUCCGUCCUGAGCAGGCUCCCUUGAGGAAGCAUAAUGUCUAG